AUGCGCCAAAUAACAGACAACCGAGUCUAUGGGGAAACCCGGAGGGAGGAGGGGCGAGCGCUGCUGCUGGUCUGUUCAUUGGGCCAAGUUAAGUCCAUCAACAAGCUAGUUAGCGGUGAUGAACGUUAUCGGCGAUGCUCGAGCAACAAGAGACUAUGGAGUAGCAUUUCGAGCGAUAUUUUGGUGCUUUGACAAUCACUGUUAAUCUGAGGACCAGUCACUCCAAGUGGUUGUAAGAGUCUCCUCCAUUCAUGCGGUCGCUUGUGGACGGAGGAGUCUAAGCUCUCGGUGGCGGGCAACCUCAGUCACCAUUUAGCUGGGACAACUGGGACAACACGGCUCACACACCGGUACGUCUGUUUUUUCCGAUAGCAUGCUAGCUGAGCUAACAUUAACUACAGUAGCGUGCUCAGAUGCACAAAUACGCCUGGUUUUGCUGCAAUAAAGCGAAUUGGGGUCCACAGCUUGGAGGUAAAUGUGAAUGUUUCCUGCAUCCCUCCUUUCCCAUCUGCUUCUAACGGCAGAGGUAACAUCAGUGGGAGACGCUGCAGCGUUUCAGAGAGAGGAGAAGUGAUCAUCGACAUGUAAAUACUGCUGAUUGUUAGCAGACAUCGGCUAGUUAACGCAUCAGCGGCGUGUUGUUCUUGAGCCGCUUCACGUGAUCACUGAUAAACGCUGUGAACGUGGCCGAUAUUUUACAUUUUUACCUUGUAAAUAUUAUUUUUUGUGUAGAUGAGUGGAGUACAGUUGAUCCAUUCAUUCAUGGUGUGAUCAGCUAGAAAACACGACUCUGCAUACAGUCCUAUUAAAGGGGAGGGGGGGAAAGUGCCAUGAGGGAACCAUAUAAAAGUGCAGCAAAAUAACUGAAAUUAGGCAUUCAUGAACAAAAAAGUCCUAAAAAAAUAAAUAUAUAUUUAAACUGUAAACUUAGGUUCUUUUCCACCCAUUCCUGGGGCAUGUGAGUCUUUCCUGGUGAAGACUCAGUGUCCUUGGCACAAUAACAGCUGCAGAAGAGAGAAGUUUUAUAUGGCAGAUUUUGAGUGAGUAAAAAUAAGAUAAGAAGAACUUUAUUGAUCCUCGAAGGGAAAUUGUCUCACAUAAUAUGUCUCCAAAACUUAUCCACUAUUUACACAAGAGUUAUAAAGUCUGUUUGCUGUGGGUACAAAGAUCUUCUAAAUCUUUCUGUCCUGCAGCGAAGAGAGGAGCCGUCCACCACCAUUGGCCCUUUGGUCCAUCAAGGUGUUGUGAAGUGGGUGAUCCAUGUUCCAUGAACCUACUUUACCCUCUGUCACUAUAACAUGUACCUGUAGGAAAAAGCAGGUUUUUGAUCAGGGAAACAAAUAUGCCUUCAAAGAUGUCAAAGGCAACGCUGAAGCUACCCAGGGACCCUUGAUACUCAGACAAACACAACAUAAUGAAAAUCACGUCAACAUGUUUGGUCAGGUUAAAAUCAUCUGGCGAUAGUGUUCUAAGGUUAAGACUGGAUCAUGUAAAUGUCAAUAUUUGCUUUUUUUCUCUCUUUUACACAGAGUAAGAGCAUGGUGGUCCCAGACAGUGCCAGUGUGGUCCCCCAGCCUGACCAUGGCAGUCCCACUGGCCUCACGGAGAGCUCCAACCCGGGCUGCGAGGAGGAAGAGGAGGGAGGUCAAAACCUGGCAGGGGUGGAGUUGGAGGAGGUCCGAAAGCUGCAGGAGCUAGUUCGAAGGUUGGAGGUCCAGAAUGAGACCCUACGCAACAGGGGGAGUAAGAGCAUCAUCCACAGAGGAGCCAGCAGCAACAGCAACCUCACAGCUGCUGCCAAUAUCAAUGAGACGUUGACCUGUGAAGGAGUGACCAUCUCCCACCUUAGAUUGGAGCACAGUGGCAGCACAGACUUUGAGCUGUCGCCCCCUCAGGACAGCAGUAGCGGAGAGGACAUGUCCCCCUUGCCCAUGGCCAACAGGCUCGAGGAAGAGGAGGAGGAGGUAGAAGAGGAUGAACAGAUUCCAUGUGGGGGUUUCCUCACCUUGACCUGCAGCAACGGAGGAGGACAGUCCGAGGGGCAGACCCAGACGCCAGAAAGCCCUUCUCAGGGAAGUUACGAGUCAGAGACACUUGCAGAAAGUGAUUCAGGGGUCGACCAGACGGCACUGGACGAGGUGGAUGUCCUAGAUUUGGAGGACGAGGGUGCAGAAGUUGAGGAGGAAGACAGUUGGUAUGUUUUAUUGUAUGCACUACUUAUCUUUGGCGUAUGCAUCAAUGAGCCUUUCAUUUCCCAUGCUGUAAGCAUUUGACGAAUCAGUGAUCAGCUGCUAGACUAUAAACAGAUAGGAGUGGGAUGUCAUUUUCUGUGUGCGCAUGAAAGGGUGAAUUUGAGUUCACUUUAAGGGAAGUUUGUUGCAACAUAAAUACAGGGAUGCAACAUCUAACGCUUGCAUUUUACUUUUGCUUGUGUAUAAGAGAGAGGAGCCCCUUCAGCCAGAUGAGUCACAUUUGUUUUUUAUGUUAACCUCUGAUUUGAAAGUGUGUUACUCCCCCACAGGGCAGUGACUAUGCUUUGCUUUAUGUUAUUUUGAUGUUGAGUGAGACUUUAUUUUUGGAAAGGGCAGAAACUGCAUUUUUGUCAUCCAUAGGAUCACAAAGAGCCUUUUUAUUAACUUAAAAAGCUUUGACUGCAGCAACUGUUCUUAUUUAUCAGUCUUGAAUAGUAGUUGUAUUGAUCUGGACAAAGUUAUACAGUUAGUAAUGGAGGAAAGGCCUCACAGAGGGGAUCAGUUCAAAAGUAGUGUGACAUGUAUGAGACUGUUGGUUGUCUCUUGAGCUUAACUCUGCGCUCUGGGUUUGAUAAAUGUCAGGCAUGAAUGAUCUGCUUCUUGUUUGUCAGGUUAUGGAAAACAUUUUUUUUCCCCACUAUUAUACAUCCUCACCCAAACAGAGCAGAAAUGAAAAUACCAGGGGCAGAAAAUAAUUGUGACAACAGAAUAUCUUCCAAGCAGCAUUUUACAUUAAUGUGGACUUGGCAUUAAUCUGUCAAAUCAAAAAUGCAAAUCUACAAAGAUGUUGUUGCCACUCCUGAAAACAGGUUCAGUUAAAGCUUAGUUAUUGUUUUCUAACAAACCAAACUAUAUUUCCUUAAAAAGCAGGUUAACAAUUGAAGAUCUAUGUCAUUUACUUCAUAUGUUUCUUCUUCUUUAACCAGACGAGUUAAAGUUCAGACACAUUUGUUUACGACCUUACCAUAAACAGGUGCCAUAUUGUUCUCCGGAUGGCUACUUAAGCCAUCUAGUCAAGCAGCUUAACAGGCAGACCAUUCAUGGCUGAAUUUCAGUUUCCCAUCAUUAGCCAUACCAUAUGUGCUUUGCGAGGUUAUCAUAGCCAAAACAUCUAGUAAUCCCAACAGCGACAUAAUCUGAUCUGCCCCCGGCUAGAUGCUGCCGCGUGGCUAAACUGCUUUGGGUGGGAUUGCACAGCAUGUGAUCAGAGGCCCCCUUGUGUGCAAGCUGCAUAAACAAGGCCAGAAAAAAAGACAACUGAGGGUAACUGAAGGGUGUCGUCCUGUAAGGCUUUUUUGGCACAUAUGCAAGUUACUUAAUUUGUCUUGACAGGUAAUGUCCAAACUGUGUGAAUGUCCAUCUUGCUCUUAAACUGCCUGUUUUUUUGUCGGAGAGGACAACUUAAUGAAUUCUAGUGCCUAGCAAAAAGCCAAUUAGACAUGAAUUUAGAGCUUUGUGAUUACAUGCAUCCCACCACCACAGUUAGAGCAGGAAUAGUACAACAAACCUAAUUUAUUAGUACAUUUUUUUUGCAUCAGCUGUAUUUUGGUCACCAAAGCCAUGCCCUUAGGAUGCUCCUUGUGACUCGAGCUGAACACGCUGAAAAAAGGGACAAGCUCCUUUUGUAACGGCAUGAGGUGGAUUUCACUUAAUGGACCAGCUAAAAAAGUGAACAUGAAUGCACAAACUGAGGUCCACUCUCUCCAAUGUUUCCCCACCACAUUCAGCUUCUUUUGUUAUAAAUGUAAAGAAUAAAGAUAAGACUAAGUCAGUAAAUUCCAUUAGCAAAAGUGUGAAAAUAUUUCCAACCUGACCAGUAGGAUUGACAAUUUUCAGUUUAAACAUGGUAGAAAGGUUGCUUUCUUCAAACGCCUAAGCUUUUUUCAACAUGGAUUAAUGCUCUGCUCUGCUCUGGUACAGUUGUAUAUUUAUUUACAGGUUUAGCAGUUACAGUAAUGGAACUACAGAGGCAGCUGUGUGUGGAUGCCAACAGCCUGGUGAUAACCUGUGAUCAAAACUCACGUGUAAACAGUUGAACCACAAGCGGAACGCACGUCAUUAAUCCACAGCAAACACAGGGUUUGUGUGUGAAAGAAGUAGCUCUGCACACACACACACACACUCACACACUGGAAAGCUGUGCUCCCUGGCCCGAUGUGUGACCUGAAUUUUACUCCCUGUAUUGUUGCCCACUCCAGUGGGAAAUGGGUCCCUUUGUGUUUGCCUAAUGGGAAGAUGAUUUCUAUCUGAUUGGUCCAGAACUGGUCAGUCCAGGCCUUCUGUGACUCUCAAAGGAUCAGCCCAUCUGACUGUCUGUUCAAAGCUGGUGGGGAGCUGAAGCACUUGAAAGAUCACAGUGGAGGCACAGGAAACAGAAAGAGAAGUUUUGAAUGUUAACAGUCACAUUGUGUGGGUGCCUGGAAACCCAACAUGGCUGGACCCUUGCAGCUUUGAUUGAAGGUUUUCUGGCUGUGGUGAAGUUACAGCCAUAUCCAAGCAUGACUCUAAAGUUUCACUCUUAGAUUAGCUGAGCAGUCAAUUAGCAAACCAACUUCAAUUCCUCUGUGAAUUAAAGGGUUUUGUUUUUUUUGCAGUUGUCCAUAAUUGUAGAUGUGAUUGCAGCAUGUCUUUAUAUAGACUUGUAUGAGUGAGACAUUUAGGCAGGAGAUGCAAAAGAAGAGCGCAUCAGGGAUCCAGACUGACGCUGUGAUAAGGAUGUUUAAAGGUGCAUCAGUAUUGAGUCACCGGCUGUUAGAUCUAAUAACAUCAUUCACCGUGUUUAAACAGCUUGGAUGUUUGUUUGAUGCUAACUGUGGGUGGAUGUUGAUGCUGCCAAUGCUCAGUCAUGCCUAUGAUGAACAGCAUGAAAAUCAUUCUGACUGUGCAUGGCAUGCUCAAAUCUAUUUGAUGUAUACCAUUUAAGACAGCAGUUUGCUCGAACCUCUGGCUUGUUUUUAUUCCAGUCUUUCGCUCUGCAGCUACUGACACAUUUGACGGGAGUCUUUACCAAAAAGUAGAUUAGGCUUACUCUAGGCUUACUCUUACUCGGUUUCCCCGAAACCCGUUUUCCUUUCCAAAUCCCUUUUACUGCUCUCAAUUGCUCUCGUUUCCCAGAGUAAUGUGUAUUUGUCUCCCCCCCUGCAGGUUGUAUGUGUCUCCGAAAAAGCAAGUGGCAGAUCAAGGUCCAGAAUCUCCUUUGAAGUGGUGUCGGCAGGCUCUCGACCAACGCAGCCCAGAGACAGAAAUGGCUUGUCGGACCCUGAUAAGUCGAUUGGACCAGUGUAUGCAUUAAACUUACAGUAACAUCCAAAAACUUUGAUUUACACCUGACAGUCGAUUUAUUUACCACUUUACUCUUCCCUUUCGCAAUAUCAUCAGUCAUCAAGCUCACCUAUAAGGGGCUCUCAUUAAGGACAGUAAACAAACGUUUAUAUCUGUCUUGGAGUCACAUGUCAGAGAGCGUUCCCUCCUGCUGUGGAUGUGCCGCUAUGCUCUUAUUUACUGCUCACCUCCUCUGUGUACGUGCACAGAUCCGUGUUUUACUCCUCAGACAAAGCCAGAGUGACGUGUACAUGGUGUGUAUGUCUUUAUGUGUGGACAGAAGUUUGUCUCUGAUCCAACAGACCCCAUAUAUUAUUUAUCCCGCCCACAGUUCUUACAUCCUGCACGCUGCAGAACCUGAACAACAAAGCUAUUCACACCAAAACUGAAUGGCUACAUGUAGUCACAGGCUGGAUUGGAUUACCUUCCCCUUCAGGGUUGACUCUCCGUUUUUAAACGGCUGCACUGGGCUGUGAUAGUGCAUUGUGAAUAUAUAUAGAGCAUAUUUUAGGCAAUCUGUGGAGACUGUAGGGUUUUAUGACCAUGUUGUUUAAAUUAACCUUUUUAAGCUGUAGUGCGAAAUUGAGUUUAAACUAAAUAUGUUAAAUUAUUUCAGUAUUCAUAUUUGUGUCUUUGAAGCAGGACCCAGAUACACCGUCUUGCUCCUGUUCACAUGUACAUGCUCUGGAUUGACAGUGAACCUCUUGAACCCCAAAUAGUGCAAUGGUUUGUUCUCAUGACUUAGCCGCUAACAUAAAACCUUAUUUAAAGCCCUAAAGAUUGUUAGUCAGGAAAUCAGAUUGUAUAUCAGGAAUCUAGAAAUUUAUGGGGCUGAUACUGAAUCAGUUGUGCAAAACGGCUCUGCAGUACACCAAAGUUCCUUCUUUAGUGCAUUAAAUUCCAGCUGUCGUGGAUAUAUUCAACCAUUCAGCUGCACCUUUGCACAAGUCCACUGUUUACACUGAGAUUCAAAUCACAUGCACAUGACAUCCUGCUGCUACAGAAAGAUCACACACACACCUUUAUACACUUCAGUCUAGUUUGUCAGAGCUUUCUGAUUAUGCCCCUAAAUUACUAGACCACUUAUAGCUGCAGAUCACAGCCUGUGACCCUACUGUAUAAAAAAAAGCAAUGCAGUAGCAUUUUUUUAUUCUUAUUUUAAGUACAUGUUCUAAUUAUUUCCAACCCAAAAUACAAUCAGCAUAAUGUCAGAUGUUGUGAUCUCAUAUGAGCGGCUUCUCUGGUUUUGUCCCCCAAAUGUUAAAGAAGCAUGCACCAUCUGCUUCUAGCUGCAGAUGUACAGUUCUGUGGCUCUACAUGGUGUCCCUCUGCAACAUCCUGACAACAACCCGGAGAUGCCAUCAUGCGUUCAUGUGAUCAUGUGCUCAGUGGUUUAACAGUGAUACCAGUUAUGUAUUCAACACCACACCCUGGGAUCCGUAUCGACCCUGCCCUUUUGGACUUUACCUCUUAUGCUGCCACACCUCUACACGAACCAAAGGAACAGCUGUGUUUGCAGACGCUCAGAUAGUCGAAACACAAUCAUUUUGCACCUGUUGUUCCUCUUGUUCAAUGAAAAAGGGGCUGUUUGUAUUAUGUGCUUUGAUCCCAGUCAUGCUCAGCUCUUCUUCAUGUCUUCUUUCUUAUAUUUCCUCUUUAAUGUGUGUGCAUUCUCUUCUGAGUGAAACCUGUCUUUCCUCUCCUGUUCCCCACAGCAUCUCGAUGGAGGAACAUGUACAGUAGCCCGUCAGCAGAGGCAGGCUCGGCAGGCUCAGGCCUGAUCUCUCCUGGGUACCACAAAUCAACUAACAAAUCCCUACUAACCUGUGGCAGCUCAGGUAUGGCAUGACAUUAACACACUGUGCUCCUCUUUUUCUGCUCAACACUACAGUGGGGCUGAUGUCAGCUCACAUAAGGAUGUAGGUCAGCUGACAUGUGUGUGUGCACUAAUGCGUCAACAAUGUGUCCUUUUGGGGAUCUGAAUGCCAAUUUGAAAAAAUCCUUCAGGGCAGAGCUGCAUGUUCUCCUAAAUUAACAUGUGUGGCACAUACUGUACAUUGACUUUUCACUUUUGUUCUAAAGGAAAUCAGUUUAACUAUGUUUUUUUUCUUUCUAUACAUGAUUCACCUGUUAUUUAGUACUGUUUUAAAAUCAGCAAGGACUAUAAAUGUGUUAAAAGGACAGUCCAUUACAGGAAACAUAAUAAACGGGAAGGUUAGAUUUGCAUCUUUCAGUAGGAAAUUGUAGACGAAUAUAAUGUAAGAGAGAAAUAUGUGUUUUGUUGCUCCAAGCAUGACAAAAGUUGCCGUUUUUUCCUGUCAGGGCAGACGUAAAUACAUUCAGAUGAUCAAAUCACAAACACCGUCCCUUAAAGCUUUUCUUGAAUCAAGACAACAACAGCCAUAACAAAAAUGCAUCAAAAUAUAAUAACCUUUUUAUUUUCGGUCUUUGUAGCUUGUUUAGAGUUGGUCUUUUAGGGUUCAAGCCUAGCAGAUAGGUAGCACUCUUUUACACCAGCCUACUUUAAAAUGUGUGCUGCAGUUAUGUACAGGGAAUAGAGUAGGGUGACGUCCGGCAUUGGGAUCAUUAAGCAGAUUUUUGAAUUUCGAUUCUUUCUUUCGGUUCUGAGUGCCAAGUAGUUCGUUACACAAACACUACACAAAUUCAAAACGAUGGAAGCCCGUUUCCACCAGUGAAAAAAAACACAGGCUUCCAUACAAAACCCCGGGCAUUUCAAGGAUUUUAUAAACUACCCCCGGACAGGCCAGGAGAGAAUCGUUAGAAACCAGAAUCGAAACGAGGAAUCUGAAUGGAAUCGUUCAAAUUUAAACAACGCCCAACUCUAACAGUGAAUUUGUUACAUAAGGGGGCUCUACUUGAGGGCAGGAUUUGCGUUUAUGCCUACAUGACUUCAUUCCAGGGUAGAUCACUAUGAUAACUUGUGCCGAACACCUAACCUGCCCUGCUUUUCUGACAUCACUCUUCAACAGACAAAAACCAGAAAAGUUAGAUAUAAAGUUACAUGGCUCAUUGCUUUGAAUUAUGUAUUCACAUUCAUUUUUACCAUAGAUACAUAACUCCCUUGCACACCAUUAGGGCUGGAGCUGAACUAUGACUUAUAAUGGUGUAUUACAUACUCUAAGAAUGAAUUUGAAUGAAAAUCAGUGUCAGGGAAUAAACAUAUCCCUCUCAAAUCUUGUGCACACUACAAGAAUGUGGCAUAGUGUUAAUUUGCACGUGCACCAUAAGCUAUUUUUCCCUUAUCUUCUGUCAGGUUUAUAACCAGCUUUGUGGGAUCAGUUAGCAGGAUCUCACUAGUCAGGGUUAGUUGAGCCAGAUAAUCAGAAAGAUACCAGGGUGUGUUGAGCUCACUUCUUCGUUUAGGUUCAAGGAGUUUCAAAGUUGUUUGGAAAAGCUAACCUGUGUGCGAUGUCCAUCAACACUCUUUGGUGUUUGUUUAAGUUUCUUUGCAUUCUUGUUAUCCCUCACAUUGUUGCAUCUCACUGCAGAGACCAACAAUACCAUUUUUGUCAUGCAAACCUGUAAAUAACUAUUCCUUGCAUGAACUUGUGAACAUUUUGUCGUUAAAUGAAGGCUCCGUCUAAUUCUGGACUUUUUACAUAACCAAAUGCCUCUGGAGGAUUUUGUCAGUCACAGAGUUGGGUCUGUUUUGGACUGACAUGCCUGGAAGAGCAAGUUUGCAUACAGCUUUCUUGGGCAACAUCAACAGACAGCUCUUAUUCUAAACUUGUGCUGCUGGGCAAAGCUGGGUGUCUGCCAAAAGGUCAUAGUUUCUUCAGUGUGCGACAUGUAUCUGUGAAACAAAGAUUUCACACCUUAAAUUCUCAAAUUCAAUAUGAUUAUUAUAAUAAUGUACAUGUAAUAAAAAUCCUCCACACAUGUUGAAGAAAAAUGAUCUUAAUACAAGUGGUGCACAUGUGCUUUUUUCACAAACAUUUAGCAUACUCAUUUCACAUGGUUUAAAGUGCCCAUUGAACAGUGAUGUACUUUAAUCACAUGUUUAAUUUGUCUUAUUUUUGGCAGGAUGGCGCCUUAAGUCUGCCAGGUUGUCAUUGUUUGUAAGCUGGUUAUGAUCCUGUCAUGUGGCUCUCUUGUGGCUGUUUAGUUUUAAGAUUUCAGCUAGCAUCAUUUUCAUGCACAUAGAAGAAAUACAGACAUGCUCAAGAUGUAAUUUUGAAAAUGCCAACUGCAUUCUUGGUACAAUAAUUGAUUUGAAUAUGUAUCAGAGUGCUGCACAAUAAUUCUCUUCAGUACAAAAGGCCCCUGCAGUCGCCAUAAUAACACAGGCCUUGGUAAUUUGGUCUUUGUUGAAGAUUGGUUGUUAUUUGAGAAUUUAAGGCCACACUGCAUCUGAAGUGGAAGUUACAGUACUUUCGGGAACCAUGUGUAAUAUGAUAACUCUAAUGUAUGAGUGAGUAUGCAUGUUAUAACAGGUGUUUAUGAUGUGCUUACAGGUGUUACAAACAUGCAGUCUGCCCUGAGCUCUCAGUCCUCCAUAGACAGCGAGCUCAGUACAUCAGAUGACUCCAUCUCCAUGGGCUACAAGCUGCAGGACCUCACUGAUGUCCAGAUCAUGGCCCGCCUGCAGGAAGAAAGUAAGUAAGAGUGUUGUGUACAUGGUAUGCUGGGCAUCAUGUCUCUAAACUCUGAAAGGCAAAGUUCUGAUUUUGGCAGCUGACUAUAUCAGGAAAAGAACAGAACUAGCACAAGUUACAAAAUAUUUUAUUGAAAGGUAGUUCUGUAUUUUUCAGUGAUAGUGGACAUGUUACUGUAUUUGCAUAGCUUCCUCAGCAGGGUUAUUUUAAACAUGAUAUUAUUUCCCCUCAGGUCUGAGGCAGGAUUUUGCUUCUAGCUCAGCGUCUGCAUCACGCCGCAGCUCUACAGCCUCCCUACAGUCCCUGCGCCGGGGUGGCACAUACAGCGAUCAGGAGUUUGACAGUUACAGCCUGGAGGAUGAAGAGGAUGAGUUCUGUUCUAUGCCCCAGCGACGACAUCGUUUCACCCCCUCGCCAUUGGGCUCACCCCGGUGCCUGUCCCCCUCCACCUCCAACCACGGUCAGGAAUACAACAGCAGACUUUCUGCACCACGCACAAGAACACCAAGAAGAUCCCUACAAGGCCCCAGUGCAGAGCUGCUGAAAUUUGCCAAGAGUGAGGGUAGGCAAAAUCAAUAAUUCAGAGCAUUUGUAGCCUGUGUCAAGAUCAGCGCAACCACCGCAAAGAUUCUUCUUGAAUCAGAGCGCAUAAUGACAUUAAAGCACACAUAAUGUCGUUGCUAAAUCCAUUUGUAUGUGUGGUUCCAGAGGAGUUGAGGCACAGCAUGCCUAAUCUGGCCCCUCGCACCAGCCUACGUUCCCUGGAGGCAGUCAGAAACAGCCGCAGCAUGGAGGCUAACCUCCAGAGCUCUGGCAACCGCAUGUCCCGCCUUCCACACUCCCCCUCCACAGGUAACCCCAACCCACCUCACCUGGUCUGAACCAUGCUUCUAACAUCAUGUACCAUGCAUUUGCUCUCCAAUGUCACUCAUAUCCUACCACCUCCUAACCUCUGCAUGACCCCAUGUGUCAUUGGACUGAUAUCUUGGCAGGGUUUUCCAGCAGUACCCUGAGAAAUACGUAACAAUUAACAGUGAUGUGAAGCCUUUUCUUUUAUGAUUUAUGUCUCUUCACAUGCGUGUCAAUAAAAAGAUAGAUGCUUUUGCAGCAGAUGCUCACUGAUCGCUGAUUUCAAGUUAGGAAUGAGCAGAGUGUUAGAAAAAACAAAAGAAACGUGAAUUCAGUACAGUUGUCAGAUUUUCAGUUUGGCAAACAAUUUUUGAAAAAGGUUGUCCACCUCUCUACAAAAUAUAUUCCAACCAACCUGUAUAUUUCAAUCUUGUAGUUUAGAACAACUAUAGGUCAACAUUAAUGGUUUAACAGAUUUAUAACUAUGUCCUUUAUACAUUUUUGAAUGCAGGUACAUCCUCUUAAAAAAUCGAGAAUUGGCUGUAAAAUCAGAACAGAUGCAUCAAUCUAUUUGUGAUGGUCUAAUCUUCACCAAAGAAGAGUUUCUUAUGUCAUCACUAAAAACCCACCCCUCUCCUGUGCGCUCAUCUCACCUGACAUACCCCAGCUGUUGUUCAGGUGUCUGUCCUUUCACUCAUCUGCAACAUGAUGAUUCCCUGCCUCUGCUUUAGCUUUUAUCUUUCUAAUCCAGAUCUGCUUCUCACAGGUUUGCUCCUCACAGGUUUGUCUUCAACUGCUACAGGCCCCAGUUGAGGGUUUUCACUGUUGUAUUAGAGGAAUGUGUGUUUGAGAGUCUGUGUUACCUCUGAGCCUCUCUCUCACACAAGGAAUGGCUGGCAGUCGGAUGCGAAGCAACGGACAGUCUCCCCUCUCCCUGCGGGCUCCUGUGAAAGCUGUCACACCGAUGGCAGCUGGGCGUCAAGCUUCCAGAGGUCUGCCAGUCGUCCAAGCACCACCUGCAGGAGGGGGGCGCCGGGCCCAGUCUCCAGGGUCCACUAAUGGUGGAGCCUACAUACCAGGGAGAGCUUCCACUGGGGCAGGGAGGCCUGCGAUGGGCCGAGGACAGGCUGCACCAUCAGCAUCCACCAGGAGUAAACUGUCACAGCCAACCAGAAGGUUAGAGCUUUUUGGAAAAUGAGAUGUUUUAAUCAUUUGUAAAGGUUCUUUUGUAUCUUUGCCUCAUCCCUGAAUAUAUAGACUGACUUGUCUUUUUGUUGACAGGUCCUUGGGUAUGACCAAAAUCUCAGACGAAUCUUGGAAAGAUGGCUGUUAUUGA